CUGGACUGCGUCCGGAUCCUCCUUGAAGCCGGAGCCGAUCCAAACGGAAGUCGCCACCACCGCAGCACCCCGCUGUAUCAUGCUGCACGGGUGGGGAGGCUGGACAUACUGCAGGAGCUCAUCAGGUUCAAUGCUGAUGUAGACAUGGACCACCAACUGGGUCCCCGGCUCCUCUUGAGUGCCCGCACCCUCAACACUCUGGUGGUUUGUCCUCUCUACAUCAGCGCUGCCUACCACCACCUCCACUGUUUCCGACUGCUGCUCCAGGCCGGUGCUCAGCCUGAUUUCAACUACACGGGGCCCGUCUGCCAAGAGGCUCUGACCCGCGGCCUGGCCUCCUGCCUGCUGGAUGCUGUGCUGCGACAUGGAUGUGAGGUGGCCUUCGUCCACCUGCUGCUGGACCACGGAGCCAACCCGGCCCUCGUGCCCUGGGACGAGUCAGAGCUGGAGGCUCCCAAUCGGAGGAAGGUGGAUCCGGAGGCGCUCAAGGUCUUCCUGGAGGCGAGGAGAUCCCCUCGUAGGCUGACACAUCUAUGUCGCAUCAGGAUCCGCAGAGUGAUGGGCAAAAAUCGUCUGAACCAUAUACCGUUGUUACCGUUACCACAACCCAUCAAGAGCUUCCUGCUUCACCAACAAUGACAGCCAUCCAUCCACCUUCUCUCCUUCCACUGAGCUCAUCCCACCCAAACCUUAGAAAAUCUCAUCCCCCAGGAUAGAGCCUUUCGUGAACCCAAUUUGCUAAUUGCUUAUUAUUUUCUUAUAAUAAACAGUUACUUAUAUUAUUUUUCAAACAUUUUGAAGUUAACAGUAAUGUAAUAUCUUCCAAUUACUGUAAUAAUUUAUUGAAAUGCUUCUAAAGUUAUCAGAGAAGCCUUUGCAUGUCCUGACUUGUGGAAACUAUAUGUGUAUCCUAAAAGUUUGCCUUGUGACUUCCCAAAUCUGGUAGCUCUUUUGCAGCUUAACAAUCAUAGUGAGAAUGUCAUUUGGUUUGAAGCAAUGACUUAAACACGCCAUGUAUUAAAUAUCCUGUUCCAAGGCAGAGGACCAUUACACAGAUCCAGCUCUUAGAAUAGUUAAUUUCUCUGUUUUAUGUAAACUUGGAUUUUUGGCCUUUUACCAACUCUCAACCAGAGUGAAUGGCAAAAUGUGCUGCAUGCCAGUAUUGUUAAGUUUAUACUGUGUACUGUAUCACUUACAUUAUAAGUCAUCAAUUAUUCUGCUUCUUUUGAUGCAUAAAGCACUUUAAUAUGGCUAUCAAUAUCAGGGCUGGACAGUGGGUUAGCACACAUCUUACACUGCCGUGAUGCACUUAAAUUCGGUGCCGGGUCGUGAUGGAAUCUUUUUUCUUUCUUUGUCUUUUUUUGCCAUAUGCCUUAACAUUGAGUUUUGGAAAAUGGCCGCAAAGAUUGAUCAGACCAGAAAUGUUUUACAAGUAACAAUUAACAAAAGCUUAAAAUGAGCAAUCUGACAUCCUGGAUCUUAACAGAAACACUGGUAGCAGGAGAAAAGCUUUUAUUUUUAACACACCACAUUCUUUGAGUAAAAUGCAUUUAUGCUGAAUAGAAAUUACCCAGAAAGCCUUCUCUGUGAGCCUGUUGUACCUAUUGUCUACUAUGCAUGUCUGUUGCACAGCUUUGCUUUGUUUCUCAAACAUUUUUACUGGUCACUGUUGGUGCGUUUUGCUUUGUAUAUCUCAUAUUUAUUUGCAUACAGUAAAUGUACAAUCAUUCUAUAUUCUCUCCUGUAUGUUUUUUUAUUAUCUAAAACUACACAUGAGGGCCUCACCAUCAGAAAGCCAUGCAAUUCUUUAAAAGUAAGAUCACUUUCUGUGCUUCCUGUUCUGUUAGCCAUCUCCUUCAGUGACCAUGAGAGAAUUAUCCCUUCUUCCUUCCUCACAAUCCCUUCCAAGAUCUGCUCUAGUCCAAAAGUACUGAGCCAAUUUCGAGGACAGAAUCUCUGGAGUUUAGGUUUGGUUGAAUCUAGUCAAAGAAAAUCACCCCUCUGUCAACACCAGGGCAACACAACCCACAGGGCUUUUGAUCCAGCAAAGCUUCAGCUUACUAUUCGUUCAUCAGCUCUUGAGGGAAAUUCCCCCAUUAUGUAUUAUUUUUACAGGUUCAUACCUAGCAGUGGUGGAAGAAGUUUUAUCAGCAACAUUGAUCUAAAGUAUUAAAAGUAAAAGUACUGUCAGUGUUUAAGUAUUAUAUAUGAUGUUUUUGGAUUAAUAUUACUGCUUCAUUAAUGUUGCAUCAUACUCUUUUCUUUGUGACAAUGCAUUCUCCCAGCUUAUCCAAGCAGGGUUUUCGAUGGUUCGACUCAUAAAGUAACGCUUCAUCCUUCCAUACAGAGUCAAAUUCAGAAUUACCAAAUUUCGAGGUACAUGGUUUUUGCUAGAUAGGAAGGGUAUGAAAAAAAUUGUAAUCUGCAAAGUAAUUUGUUAAUAAAGCUGUCAGACAAAUGUAGUUAAAUAGAAGUAUAAAGUUGAAUAUGAUGGAAAUACCCGAAUUUGUACUUGAGUAAAUUUACUUAGUUACCUUCCACCUCUGAUACCCAGAGGUAGAUAAGUGAUUGUUUGCUGUCACUGGAGCCACAUGUUACCACUCUAUAAAUAAAAUUGGAUUGAAUGUAAUCUGC